CAAGUAUAUUAAAGACAUAAAUGAUGAACGAGAUUAGCAUUGUGUCACUCAGUCAACUCCUUAACAACAUCCACCUAUCGCAAUCCCAUAUAGACGAAGCUGCCCGUUUCUACAUUAGACACAGUCACGAUUAGAAAUCUCAGCAAUCUCUAUGUGAAGAGUGGUGCAAUCAUUUCCAUUUUGCUAAAGGAAAUGUUGAUGGGGAUAAGGUCAUUAUCUCAUUACUUCAUAUGGCAUAAAGAGUAAUUGAAUCAGUCAUCAGAUUUGAGGGAGCAUGUACAUCAAUCAUUUUUAUUUUUUAGAUGCUACUAUGAGGGAUGCUUUCAAGAAACAAAUCAUCAAAGCAUUCGCUUUACUGAAAGACCACAACUCUUCACAAGACUUGAAAUAAUAAAUCAAGGAUCUUCUAAAAUUGUGGGAAGAAAAACAAAUAUUCUCCAAAUCAGACAUUUCAAUUAUGAUCGAUACUAUUGAUCCUAAUAAAUUGAGCAAAGACAAAAUCAGAACCUAAUUUGCUCCUCCUCAAUAUUUGAUAAAUUACGCCAAAAAUUAUAAGGUACAAUUUAAAUCACAACUAAUUUCUAUAGGAUUUACAAACUCGAUUGUAGAAGAUGAAUGAGUAUCAAGCCAAUCUUGAUGAUUUAAUUAAUAGUGGAGCCUAAGACAAAGUCAAUCUUUAUGAUCAAUAUUUGGAUUAAUAUACUAAGUCUGUUGAAAGUGUUUAAAAAUAUAGAUAGCUUGUCAUUAAGGAUAUUAUAGACGAAUUGAAGGAACUUGACAAAAUACAUUCCAAAUCCAUUAUUGAUUUGAAGUACAUCGCAUAAAGAGUCUCCAAUUUGAAAGCAAAGAAAGAAAAAAGAAUCUAAAAUGAAUAUUAUAAUGAUUAAUGA